AAAUAUAACAUAAUUAUGUAAUAUAGUGAACAAUUUUAUAAAUCUUGUUGUUUAAGGUAUGGGUCAUGCAUCGGAUACUGGGGGCGUCAAGCCCAUGUCGAUCGCUGGACGUCUCGUCAGCGAGAGGGAACGUCUUGUUGGAAUGACAGAUGCUGAAAGGGCCUUCCGUGCACAAUGGCUCAAAGAUCAGCACCUGAGCCCCAAUGAACCCUACUUUGUACCAGAAAUGUACAAGGAAACACACAACCCCAUCCGCAGGUUCUACAGAGCACCCCUAGACAAGUUUAGGACUAUGAUUGAACCUAUGGUUGGAGCUGACAGGGCUCUGAAGAUCAGAUACUUCACUGGAAAGUUCUUGAUGGUGGCUGCUUUCGGAUACGGCGCAACCUAUUACUUUAAAUAUAACGGUCAUGACUGGACCAAGAAGGGUGGCUGGAAUGUUGUUCAGUCGAGAAAAUCUGUAUUGGAAGGGGAUCCAGGAUACCCUCAAGUCUCUGAUAGAUCAAAGGGCUCUGAUUAUUCCGACAGAGGAUUCAAGGAAGGCUCUAAGAAUCUAACCAUGUAAAUUCUUAAUAAUGUAGUAAAGUUGUAAUUUAAUAUAAUUUAUUUAAUUCUUAA